GAACAGUAAGGACUCCUCCCUGGACAUGAAGCUUUAUAAAUCAAGUCGUAGCUACAGAAAAGUGAAAUUUACAAGUCAACAUCAAGACCUAAGUCUCUCUGACAGGUUGUGCAGUGAUGUUUGGGUUGGCUGCAUUGUGUUUCCUGCUUCUGCAGACUGGAGCUUCUGGGUUUGGGUUAUCCAGCGGAGAAUCUCUGAGUCAUCAGGAGAUCACUAAGAGAGCAAUCUUAAAUACCACUGUGCAGACAUGUCGUGCUCUGGCCCUGGCUGAGGGCAAAGACUUCACUUUUCCUUCUCUGACUGUUGAUGCUGUUGCUGCUGCCUGUGAAGCGCCAUCCAAGAGCUUCCUCCAAACCAUCCAACUGAUCCAAACAAAGAAUAAACGAGUAGACUAUUUUUUAUUCUUCCUAGCACGAUAUCACAUGGACAAUGAACAAAUUUUGGAGGGAAGGAAAAUCAUCACAGAAGGAUUGGCAGCUGUGAAGGCCAGCAACAGGGAACAGAACUUUGAGGCUGCCAGAGAAAAACUGGGACAAAUCUUACACCCUCUUCAGGAUUUCUACAGUCAUAGCAACUGGGUGGAGAUGGGAAACAAACUCCCAAACUCCAAUCUGAUCAGAUCAGACACCAGCGUUGGCAACAUAGCAGCUGAAAGCAGAGCAACCUGUCGCAACUGUAAUGGAGACGACUGCACGAACAACAUUUUGGAGGAUAUCCUACAGGAAAGGAUAAUUACUUCAGGAUACUUUAAUUUUGUGCCUUUUUUUUCCUCCAAACCAAAAGGAAAAUGCAGCCACGGAGGUUUUCUUGAUAGAACAAGUAACAUUGAACCUAAAGGUGGGAUCAAUAAAGACACUUUGGACUCCAGCCAUGGACACCUCCACAUGGAAGCUGUAAAUGUGGCAAUUGCUGCAACCAGUGAGCUCCUGGAGGACAUUCGAGGGGCUGCUGGUGACAAACCAUUCCUACAGAUGAUGGGAAUCUCGAAAGAAUCUGGUAAACCUCUUUGUUUUAUGAUCGACACGACAGGAAGCAUGAGUGAUGACAUUGCAGCAGUGAGGACUGUCACUUCUGAUAUAAUCGACAGGAGAGUGGGAACACAAGACGAGCCCUCAGUUUACAUUCUCGUACCUUUCAAUGAUCCAGAUUUUGGGCCACUGACAAGGACAACAGACCCAGAAGUCUUCAGGAAUGCUAUUAAUUCACUAACAGCAACUGGUGGAGGAGAUUUUCCAGAAAUGAGUCUUUCAGGGCUUCAGCUGGCAUUAACUGGUGCUCCUCCCAGUUCUGAGAUCUUCCUCUUCACUGAUGCAGCUGCUAAAGAUGCACAUCUGAGAAGCACAGUGAUCGCACUCAUUGAGCAAACCAAGACGGUGGUAAACUUCAUGAUAACUGCCGUUCUGGGAUUUCGUCGUCGUAGACAGAGUGAUGAUAGCCUCCAACAACAACAACCAAUCAGUCGAAUGGCAAGAUCAGAUGCUCAGCUGUACAGAGACCUGGCUCAGGCUUCAGGAGGUCUGGCUAUUGAAGUCUCAAAGAGUGAGCUCCUUGAAGCCACCAGCAUCAUAACACAGACAUCCAGCUCCUCUCUGGUGACCCUUCUGCAGGCAGCCAGGAAUCCAGGAAAGGCUGAAAAUUUCACCUUCACCGUUGACGAGUCGGUGAAAAACCUCACAGUUUACAUCACUGGGAACUCUGUGACCUUUACUCUUAUCAGUCCCUCAGGUGUGUCUCAGGAAAGCACCAACACGACAGGCUCACUGAUCACUGCAUCCCAGUCAGUGGGAAAUUUCAAGACUCUGCAGCUAAAGCAACAAGUUGGACUGUGGGAAAUUCAAAUGGUGUCAACAAAUCCCUACAUUCUGAAGGUUGUAGGCGAAAGUCCUGUUGAUUUCCUGUUUAACUUUUUGGAGGAAUCGCAGGGCCCGUUCGGAGGUUUUGAUGUCGUAGACAAUCGUCCCAGAGGUGGUGUUAAUGGUAGCCUGAUGGUGACAGUGACCGGGAGUGAAUCCGCCACAGUGACAGAAGUCAUUCUGGUUGAAUCGUCUGGGUCGGGAGAGGUUAAUGGCAACGUGGAGGCUCAGGGUGGAGGAGACUUCUUGGCUCACUUUGACAGAAUACCAGCAGAGGAGUUUGUGGUGCUUGUGAAAGGGCAGAGCAACAAUGGUUCCUCCAGAAUGUCCUCAACAAACUUUCAAAGGCAGUCCUCCACCAACAUCAGAGCAUCUGCUGUGGCUGUUACUUCUCCUGAUUCAGACAGCGUCUUAGUUCCAGGAACACCACUUUCAGUUCCCUUCACUGUGAUGACGAGCGGUGCAGGAGGAACCUUCAGCAUCCAAGCUACCAAUGACCAAAGUUUUCCCUCAACUUUCCCGUCCAGUUUAAUGCUGGAAACUGACGGCAGUGCCAAUGGUACAGUGACCCUUACAGCACCUCUUAACACCGUGUCUGGUACUGUCGUCACCCUGACCAUUUCGGCCGAGGCUUCAGGAGGCACAGACACCAACUACGUCGUGCGGCGUCUUACUGUCCUUGAAACGGUGACUGAUAUCACUAAGCCAGUGUGUGAGCUGCUCAGCCUACAGUCCAACUGCUCUGAUAACUGCGUGUUAUCAAUGUGGGAGCUCUCUGUUCAGGUGACGGAUGGUGCUAAUGGGACGGGUGUCGACCGUAUUACCCUUAGACAAGGCAACGGGACCUUGAACACCAGCUUGGCCACUGACAAUGAGAACAUAACCCUGGUUUCCUACAAUGCGUCUUGCUGUUCACCUGAUGUGGAGCUGGUGGUUGUGGAUCGGGUGGGUAAUGUAGCCACAUGUUUCUACAGCGUCCGGAAAACUGCCGCCACCGGCUCACAAGCUGUGACCGUCGCUCCAGCCUCCAAUAGCCCACAGCGUCCAACAGUAGCAGCUGUUGAGUCUUUGUCUAACAGAGCUGCUCAGUCUUUUCUUGUUUGCCUUAGCAUCAUGGUCCUGGGGCUCAGUUUAACAUUUUAACUUGGGGUCAAAUGAGUGCUUACAUGUUAGUGUGGGGGUGAGAUACAUUUAAAAAUGUGCUUUUGGCUUUGGAAAAUAAACUACAUGCUCUAUUGAUCCUAUAAUAAUAAAUAAAGUACAUGUUUUGCUCAACCAACACUCGAAAACUGAAAAAAUAUGCAAACAAAAAGCUUGAAAUGAGAAAUAUUACGUAUUACAUGUAUAACAUUUUGUAUCAGAGCUGGAACCUUGAAACACAACCUUUACAAUGGACAGUACCACGGUAAAAUUGAUAAUACCAUCCAUUACUAUCACUCUACCAUAGUAGGUCUUUGUAAAGGAACAUUCAGUUUUCACUGAAACCAUCUGAGAGGGAUUAAAUUCAACAUUUUGGUUAUGUUGGAGGCUGUUGUUUUAUUGUGUUGUGGAACUGUAAUGCGUUACACACAUAGGUGUUUAUAAUAUUUGGUCCAGCUAAGUUGAUUUAGUCAGGGGAGCCUAAUAAUCUGGUUCGUGAGUGUGUGUACAACUUGGUGAAUCAUACCACUGUAAAACAAUAUUGAAAUCUUUAAGCUAUGCAAUAUUAACAACAUGUUCUGUGGGCAUUACAGGGCGCUUGGUGGUAGUGUAAAACCUUUAAAUGGUUAAUGGGGUUGUGAAUAUAUUAGGGAGAUUUGAGCAUGUCAAUUUAAUUAUGAUAUCUCAAUCAAGGAUCAUUGAGUCAAGUUUUCAGUACUACUGAUGUUAAAUUGUGGAAUGGGGUUAUGUGUACUAAUAAAUAAAAUUUAAAACCCAUGCAAAAAAAA